UCAGUAAUGUCAAAUAGCUCUAUCCGUCACGUCAUGUUGUCGCUUUUACGAGCGUGUUACGUGUUUUAAUGAAAAAAUAAAUUUAUUGAUUAAUGUAGCAUUUAAUGGUUGGUUAUAAAAAUGGCUACAUUAAUUCAAUCAUACGAACAACAGUACUCAGUACUUACUGCAGACAUUACCGCUAAAAUAGGACGCCUAAAGUCGGGCACUGAAGACAAUCGUGACCAGUUAACACGAGAAAUUCAAGCAAAUUUUGAGGAAGCAAAUGAUUUGCUGGAACAAUUGGAGCUGGAGUCUCGAGGCGCGGGCGCGGGGUCGCGCGUGGCGGCCUACCGCGCCGAGCUUCAGCGCGUCAGAGAUGAAUACCGCUCUGUCGUCAACAGUGGGGGACAGCAAUACAACGCCGACAACGACGAAGUCUACGACGACUGGAGCGGCGCUCAGGAGCAGCAUCGCAAGCUGCUCGACAACACGGAGCGUCUAGAGCGAACAGGCCGAGCACUGACCGACGGCUACCGCGUGGUGCUGGAGACUGAACAGAUCGGCGCCGCCGUGCUGCAGGACCUCAAUCUACAGCGAGAGACAAUUCAGAGGUCUAGAGGCAGGCUCCGCGAAACAGACGAGCAACUGAACCGUUCCACCCGUCUGAUGAACACGAUGAUAAUGCGCGCCCUGCAGGACCGGUUCAUCCUCAUCAUGGUCUUCCUAGUCCUCGGCAUACUGCUGUGUGUCGGUGUCUACUUCUAUGUCACCUAGCCCUACACUCACUCCUGUAUCCAUGUGGCGAGACAAUUGUGCGUUGUUACUGAUGCUAUACGCGAUUUGUAGGUUUUCGUCAAACUUUUUGGCGGCUCACAUAUAAUUUUGCGAGCACGUGUGAGUCACUUUAGUCACGUACGCCAUCUACUGAAUUCUAAAAGCGGCGGUCAAAAAGUUUGGUGAGAACUUGAACUUAAAAUGUAUGUAAUUGUAAUUGUUGAAGGUUAAAUGUUGUAUAUAAUCAUCAUUAUUGUAGUAGAGCGUUUUAUGUACUCUGGGUUGUAUUUGACUGUAUACAAUGUGAUUGUCUACCAUCAUUGACAAUUUUCCAAGUGCUGGUAUUUCGAUUUUUGCUGCAUUUUAUUUGAAAAUAAAGAGUAGGUAUGUUGAUUUUUGUAUCACAAUAUGUAUCAAAAUAACAAAUGAUAUAAAAACUAAGAAUAAUUAUUUGACUAUGAAAUAAUUUAUUAAUGGCCUACCUAUUUGGCUGUUAAAAGUCACGACUUUUAUGUAAUGAAAUCAUCAAUCAAGUGUAACUCCAAGUAGAUUAUAAUGAACUAAAGUAUAUUUCCAUUCAUCACAAAAAUAUCAAUUGAUUAGGUCACAAUAAUCUCAAAUCAUGCUACUACUAUUUUAUUAACAGCUAUACUUAAAAUCAUAAUACAUUUAGAACUACAGUUUACUAUAUUAAAAUAGCAAUAAUGUUUCACAUAAACUCUUUUGCAAAAAAAGCAGGCACCUAUGCGAAAUCUUGGUUUUAAGGACUUUACAUGCAUUUGAAAGGGUUUUAAUAACUGUAGGAUGUUACUAGCAUCAGAAGAGUUAUCCAGGCAUGCGUGAGAGUAUAUUCAAAAUUUGAAUUUUGGAGAAAUGCUAAGAAACUGGUUAAACCUUGCUUGGAACUAAUUCUUGGUAGAAAGUUCGGCGGCGUUUUGAAAAGUUUUUGACGUGAUUUUCAGAAAACUGAUAUGCAGUUUUAAUUUAUAAUUAAUGGACCUUUCUUGUACAUCAAAACAUUUUUUAAGAACUAUGCGUCUUUGAUAAAAUUGUCACCUGCUUUAAAUGGUCUACAAUGAUGGUUAAUGGCAAUGUUAAGAGUUUCGGUAUUUUGGUGUAUAGCGUUUUAUUGUUUAGAUAUUGUUCUCACGUGGUUUAAAAUAUCCCUUUCUCAUAAAUAAAUACAAUUUAGAGGAGUCUCAGUACUUUGGGCUGCGACAAAACCAAUUUAAAGUUAGCAGUGCCAAUCACAACUCAUCUCCUAUCAUACUUUGACAUUUUGAAAAAUCUUGAAAUUCUACAAAAUACAGAAAAUAACGGAUAGACUGUAAGCAUUAGGUCUUAAGGUCUCGUAAUCACUGAUUUUUAAACAACCUCGCCUCUGGGGAAACCCCGUAGACCUCUGAAGAUCUAUGAGUCUGAGCGUUCAAAUAACGUGUUUUCAUCAAACGGACAUUUCGUUAAAUAAACUUGCUUGCGCCGAGGUUUUCCUGUAUCUACAGAACUUUCCUGCUUAAAUCAUUAACAAUAAUUGGCUACCUGCUAAUUUCUUAAGAAACAUCUCCAUCUCCAUCCAUCUCCUCUAAAUUGUGUUUAUUUAUGAGAAAGGGAUAUUUUAAACCGCGUGAGAACAAUAUCUAAACAAUAGAACGCUUUACACAAAAAUAUCGCAACCCUUACCAUUACCAUUAACCAUCAUUAUAGACCAUUUAGAGCAGGUGAAAAUUUUAUCAAAGACGCAUAGUUCUUAAAAAAUGUUUUGAUGUACAAGAAAGGUCCAUUAAUUAUAAAUUAAAACUGCAUUAUCAGUUUUCUGAAAAUCACGUCAAAAACUUUUCAAAACACCGACGAACUUUCUACCAGGAAUUAGUCCCGAGCAAGGUUUAACCAGUUUCUUAGCAUUUCUCCAAAAUUCAAAUUUAGAAUAUACUCUCACGCAUGCCUGGAUAACUCUUUUGAUGCUAGUAACAUCCUACCGUUAUUAAAACCCUUUCAAAUGCAUGUAAAGUCCUUAAAACCAAGAUUUUGCAUAGGUGCCCGCUUUCUUUGCAAAAGAGUGUAUAUUUGUGGGUUGCACCAUUUAACUAUAAUGAUAUCCAAGCUAUUUCAAGUUGUCAAAUCUCCUCCUUUCACAAUGCGGUUCUGGUUUGGUUAAUGCUACAGUUAAAUUGCGCAACUCACCCAUAAUUGCUGUGAGCUAGGAAAAGGCUUGUUAUUUUUCCUACAGAUAGUCAUUAAUCCCUAAUUAGUUCGUAAACUAUAUCUAAAAGCUUUAGCUAUUACCUAUCGUGGUUGUCUCGAGCAUUUAACACAUUCCCGCAUGUCUAGUUAUAAGGGUCCCUCUUAAUAUUUAUCUUUAUCAUAACACUGUAUUAUAAAAGUAUAUAGCUUGAGAGAGAGAUAAUAUUAUAUUACAGAAAAAGUUAUAAAAAUUAUUCAAUCUAUAUUAAUAUUUACAAAAGAUACACAUACUAUAUCACAGCUUAUGCCAUUCCUCACACACACCAAUUUUCAAACUAAAAUCAUGAUAACGUUCGCCUCUACGAUUCUCAAAAAGACAUUAUUUGUGAAUAAUCAUGUAAAUGAGACUGUUAAUAGUAAAUAAAUGUAGAUAGACAAAUAUUUAUUGUAAUCGUAAGUAUAUCUUGAUGCAGUGACGUUUGAAAUGUAUUAAAUGUUUUCAUGAAACUCG